CAGUUUGGUAAGACAAAUCUGCGGAUGCGGUUCUCUAAAAAUGUUAAUUCUGUGGCUCGUGGGAGCUUUUAUUGUUCUAAUUCAGUGGAUCUAUAGGCUGAACAGGGACUACUGCAUUCUCGGAUUCUUUGCCAAGAGGAUUCGAACCAAGAAUGGACAGAAUCCGGAGAGCAUUGCUCCAUUAGUGAAGGGCAGUACCAUAUUUGCCAACAGCUUCGAUUUGUACGGCAAAGAUCACUCUGGUGUUUUUGAACACUCGCGUGACUGUGCAAAAAAACUGGGCAAAAGCUACGCGGAAUAUGCAAUGGGAACGGCCAUCUACAAUGUUAUAGACGCAGAUAGUGCGGAACGUGUGCUUAAUGAUCCAAAUCUAAUAAACAAGGGAACAAUUUACGAUUUUCUUCAUCCAUUUCUGAGAACUGGACUGUUGACAUCCACGGGAAAAAAAUGGCAUGCACGACGCAAGAUGCUUUCCCCAACAUUCCAUUUCAAUAUCUUAAAUCAGUUUCAGGAAAUUUUUAUAACGGAGAGUCUGAAGUUCCUAGAGCAAUUCAAAGGCAAUGAUGAGGCAAUCAUCUCGUUAAACGAAGUCAUUCCCAGAUUUACCCUGAAUAGCAUUUGUGAGACGGCCAUGGGUGUGAAGCUGGACGAGAUGGCCGAGAAGGGGGAUCGGUACCGGGAGAACUUCCGUCAGAUCGAAGAAUGCUUCAUUCGUCGCAUGAGCAACCCACUUCUAUGGAGCGAUACACUAUUCAAGAUGUUUGCCGAAAAGGAUUACGCGUCUGCACUCGAUGUGGUCCACGGAUUUUCCAGCGAGAUUAUUGCCAAGAGGAGAGAUCAGCUGAAUGAUGAGAUAGAUAGCAGAGGAAACACUCAGACCGCUGAAGAUGAAUUAUUUACCAGUAAAAAGCGCUUUGCCAUGCUGGACACCCUUAUUCUUGCCGAAAAGGAUGGCCUCAUCGAUCACAUUGGAAUUUGUGAGGAGGUGGACACUUUGAUGUUUGAGGGCUACGAUACUACCUCAAUUGGGCUCAUGUUUGGACUAAUGAACAUGUCUUUAUAUCCCGAGGAGCAAGAAAAAUGCUACCAAGAGAUCCAAGCUAACAUAGAUGAUGAGCUUAACAUCUUGAACAUCGGGCAGUUGAACAAAUUGAAGAAUCUGGAAUACUUUAUCAAGGAAACCAUGCGCCUGUUUCCUUCUGUUCCCGCCAUGGGUAGGGAAACUACGCGGGAAACUGAGCUGAGCAACGGUCUCAUCUUGCCAAAGGGCUCCCAGAUUUUUGUCCAUGUCUUCGACAUCCAUCGCAAUCCCGAGUACUGGGAUUCUCCCGAAGAGUUUCGCCCGGAGAGAUUUCUGCCCGAAAACUCGCAGAAUCGUCACACCUACGCAUAUAUUCCAUUCAGUGCUGGUCAGAGGAAUUGCAUAGGUCAAAAAUUUGCCAUGCAGGAGAUGAAAACCCUAAUGGUGGCCCUACUGAAGCAGUUCCAAAUUCUACCAGAAAUCGAUCCGAAAACUAUUGUUUUUCAAACUGGACUAACACUGCGGACCAAGAACCAGAUUCACGUGAAGCUCGUGAGAAGAAAAUGAGGCAGCUUUAACGGAAUGGAAUUGUUCACGGAACUCUGUUAGUCAUAAAGUGCACAGUGAACAAUAGUUUCAUCCAAAG